AAACGCGGCAUAGAUGAAUUAGCUCUUGGUCUACUCAGCAAUUCUUCACAGGGAGUGGACCGAGAACUUGCAGUUGGAGUGUUAAAUCAUUUAUACGAACGUCGGCAUUCUCCAGGUUUAAACCUGGCUGCAAUAAAUACCCAGCGUGGCAGAGAUCACGGUUUACCUGAUUAUAACGCUUUUAGACGACAUUGUGGUUUGAAAAGUGCGAAGACCUUCAAGGAUACAUUCAACGAAAUUGCACUUCGGCGAAAUAGACGACUUUUAGCUAAGCUUUAUAAUAACAAACCUGAACUUGCCGAUUUAUGGGUGGCAGGUUUAGCAGAAACCCCAGCAAAUGGUGGGAUUGUCGGAGCAACAUUUGGAUGUAUCAUGCGAAAGCAAAUGACAAGAGCAAGAGAUGGAGACAGGUAUUUCUACAUGAAUAAAGGAAUGUUUUCACAACAACAGUUGAAAGAAAUUAGGAAAGCGUCGUUGUCGAGGAUUAUGUGUGACAAUUUGAGAAGCAUUGUUUCAAUUCAGAAGAAUGCAUUCAUAUCAGGAAGAAGAAGCAACCGUCGUACUGAGUGUGGUAAUAUUCCUGGUAUUGAUUUGACACCAUGGGAAGGUAAGCACUACUAA